AUGGGCGAUUUCAAAGCCCGGAUCAAGGCUAAGCUCCUGCGAAGGCACAGUGGUGUUCCUUCGCUGGGCUCCAGCAAGCAUAGCGUUGGCCGUAAUCGAGCAUCCAGCAGCACACAUACCAACACAUCUAUCACCGGCUAUGCAGCGUCUCUAAGUACUGCUGCUGGGGAUGAGAAGGGGAGUAGCGAGAGGGAGCGCGAUGCUAAUGGUAGUUCCAGCCGUGACCAUGGAUCUGAUCAUUCCUCUCGCCACAGUUCACCGAGGAAUGAUGGCGUUGUUGUUGUCGUAGCCCCGAGCCAAGAUGGAGAAUAUAGAAGAAGCCGAAGAAGCCCGGGGGGUGGGAGUAAUCAAAGUAGUCAAAGUGGUCAAAGAGAACGAGAAGCUGACACAGUUCCACCGAAGCUAGAGGAGGAAGAGCUAGAGCAGCUAAACCAUCUAGACCACCUAGAGAAGCUAAAUCAGCUAAACCUAGACCUAGUCAGCAACUCUACUAACCGAAAUACCCUUCACGGUACUCGCGGCCUUCACGGUGCUGUGGAGGUGGAGGUAAAGGUGAACAACUUGAGCCGAUCUGACACGGCUUGCGCUUCUCCCGUUGCUCCCACCACUUCCAAGUCGGGAAAGGAUCUACAAGCUAUUUCAAUCAAUUCUACAGCGGUACCCAUACCCAUACCCAUACCCGUACCCGCACCCGUACCCGCCAUCACCGAUCUAGAUCUAAACGCGAACGCAAACGUAGACGCAGACGCAGACGCAAACUCAACUAUAACCUCAACCACAAAUACAAACCCAACCGUAGCCACAGUCACAGCCACCGCCGCCGUCUCUCCGUUGCCGAGCAUCCACGAAUAUCAUCCCUCUGCUUCCGCUCUACAGCUAAAGUCGUCUACCGUCGAUCACCAUCAUCACCAUCAUCACGGCGACGACGACGAUAACAGACCCGUAUCCGCCGGCCGCGCACUAUCCCCCUCGUCAUCAUCGCUUCCUCGGCCCGCUGCCCCGCCGAGGCGACAGAGUAUCCUUCCGAAUCGUCAAACUACCCUAAUUAAAGCCCUCCUGAAUACGGGCUAUGCUAGUGAAAUAGGUUCGCCUGAACCGGAUCAACUUCUACCUAUAAGUGGAAAUAUGGUUACAAGAAAGGUCUGGGUCAAAAGACCCCUCGCAUCUCCUACCUUGAUCACAAUAAACGAGGAAGACUUGGUCGACGACGUCCGCGACUUGAUUUUGAGGAAAUAUGCGAACUCACUCGGUCGCCAAUUUGACGCUCCAGAUUUAACCCUUCGUAUAUGCGACAGAGAGCAGCAGACAACUAGACCAUUACAACCUGACGAGCCCAUGGGUAGGACUCUUGAUGCGUAUUACCCAGGUGGCCAGUCUGUCGACGAUGCCCUAUUGAUUGACAUACCUAGCCGUCGAACUCCCAAGGCCUCCCCGAAUCCUAGGUAUUAUGGCGGCGACGAUCGGCCUCAUGAAUCGGGAACUGAUUACUUCCCACCAUAUCCGCCCGCUUCCCAACAUCCCGGUGCCCCUUUAGCCGCCGUGAAUGCCACUCACCAGCUCCAUCUCCCUCCCUCCCUAACCAUCCUCGGUGGAGGUCAACUGCCACCACUACCGUCCCCGGGCGGGACAAGGCGGCUUGGAGCAAGGCCUAAGAUCCAGAGGAUGCACACUGCGUCGCCAGUGUCCACAAUUGCCAACGGCCAUGCUUCACAAUCCGCUGCGCCGCCUACCGGUAUGCACAAUUACCCAAGACAACCGCGCUCAAGGACUCAUUCAGGUGCAUCUUCAGAACACUCCAACCACCCGCCCACCGCCCCGUCGAUCCCGACCCCCCCCGUCCCAGAACGCACCGCUACUCCGCCUCCGCGCGUAUCUUCGCCACGACCCAUCAACCGGCCAAAGAAGACUAAGAAAGCUACCGAACACCCAUCCUUACCACCGGGCAUGUUGAACGGUGGCGUCCCACCUAUCAACGUCCUAAUCGUCGAAGACAACAUCAUCAACCUCAAACUUCUAGAAGCCUUCGUCAAGCGAUUAAAAGUACGAUGGCAGACAGCUAUGAACGGUAGAGAAGCCGUGAAUAAGUGGCGCGCUGGCGGCUUUCAUUUGGUUUUGAUGGAUAUCCAGCUGCCCGUCAUGAGUGGUCUGGAAGCUACUCGAGAGAUAAGGAGGAUAGAGAAAGUCAAUUCGAUCGGCGUCUUCUCUUCCUCUGCUAGUAGCCCCCCGGACGAGGUCAAGGCUGAGCCCGCAGAGGAGGAUAAGCUCGUGAAUACGGAAAUGUUCAAGAGCCCGGUCAUCAUUGUCGCCUUGACAGCAAGCUCGUUGCAAAGCGACAGGCAUGAGGCCUUAGCGGCUGGUUGUAAUGAUUUCCUAACCAAGCCUGUCAACUUCGUAUGGCUCGAGCGGAAGGUGAUGGAGUGGGGUUGCAUGCAGGCCCUGAUCGACUUUGAUGGAUGGAGGAAAUGGAAGGACUUCUCACAGAAAGCCGAGGAAAACGAUUCCAAAAAGGCCGCGGCGGCCAAGGGCGCGAAAAUUCCCAAGAAGAAUCGAUUGUCUAUGACGGCCGCCGCCUGA